UCCUCGGAGUGGAAAAAACGGAAUGCCCUAGGUUUUUUGCCCGCUCCGCUAUCCUUCCUCAGCUCCGUCGGUUGCGCUCCGGCCGCUCCCCUCAUCCUCUGGUGCUCUCGAGACGGCGUGCUGGCCAUGAGGGACCUCCAUCUCUCGCUGAACCAGACCCAGCGGGUCCGCCUCGAGUCCGCGUUCCACGAGCUCCAGGCCCUCGCCCCCGCCGCCAACGCGUCCGCCGCCGCCGCCGUCACCGUCGCGGACACCAUCCCCGUCAAUCACGAGGACAACAUCCUCAAGGGGCACGGGACGUCGGACCAGGACGGGGAGGUGGUGGCGACGCUGUGCGGGCUGGUGGAGCGGGUCAACAAACUGGUCUACGUGCGUACGCUCAGGGCAAGGUAUAAGCCAGAGGUUGGUGAUAUCAUAGUUGGCCGUGUCAUCGAGAUUGCUCCUAAGCGCUGGAGGUUGGAGAUAAAUUUUAGCCAAGAUGCUGUUUUGAUGCUUUCUUCUAUGAAUUUACCUGAUGGUAUUCAGAGAAGGAGAACUGCUGUUGAUGAACUUAAUAUGCGGAGUAUCUUUGAAGAAAAUGAUGUUAUCUGUGCUGAAGUUCGUGGUUUCCAGCAUGAUGGAUCUCUGCACCUACAAGCAAGAAGUCAAAAGUAUGGAAAGCUUGAGAGGGGUCAAUUGCUCACAGUACCUGCUUACUUGGUAAAACGACGGAAACAGCAUUUCCAUCAUCUCGAGCAAUAUGAUGUCGAUUUGAUUCUUGGAUGCAACGGAUUCAUCUGGGUAGGUGAGCAUGUUGUGGUGGGUGAAAAGACUAAUACGACUGGAGAUCAGCAGAAGUCGAGCACUGAAGUAGAGAAUUUCACCCCAUUAGAAACGAGGAAGCAUAUUUGCCGGCUUGCCAACGCAGUACGCCUCCUUUCAGCCCUAGGGUUCACUUUGACUAUCGAACUGAUAAUUGAUACUGCAGAAGCAAGUGCAUCAUCAAAUGUUGAGAUAAAUGACAUGCUUGGGGCUGAAUUUUAUGUUCUGACCGCGGAGAGAGAAGCCAAGCGUCGAGCUGAUCUGUUGAAAAAGAAGAGUGGGUCAAGGUAAGUAGGUAACACAUGUUGAUUAUGUCUGACUGAUUUGCCAAGAACAGUGCCUGCUCUGUAACAGUGCCUGAUCUCUACUACAUCAGCUAGAGAAAAUACAUAAUCGCUAAUCAGUGCCAUAAUCGCCCAACUUUGUGCUGUGCAUGCAUUUGAUGAUGGUGCCGGAAAUGCCAAAAUACUAGGAUCUGGUCUAGCAGAUCUUUAAUCCACUAUUGUUAACUCACUGUUCUGAUGUCUAUUUGCCGUGUUUUUUUUUAUGGAAUGUAACAGUUAGGUGAAUCUUUUUUUGUUGAAAUCAGCAGUGUGAACUGGAAAUUGGUUUU